AUGUCAUUACAAUCCCAAUCGAUCUCAAAGAUCCUCUCGCAGAUCCCUCGCAAUGCUUUGCUGAAGUCAACUAGAAAGGCAUUCCUUUUCUCCUACUUGUAUGUGGUGCUCCCGAAAGUAAUUAAGAAGACUAUGUCGGGGGUUUCGAAGGGAGAAGAUCCUCAGAUAUGGAUCAGAGCUGUUCUCAAGACAAUGGUGAAGGCAUUGCAUCCGCUGAAGUUUCCAAUGCUUGUUGCCAGAAUGAUUGCAACCAUGAACGUAUUGACGCCACUUAUUGAAAAAAGGAUCUUAUUGCAAAAGUUGCACGAAACGAAAACUACUGCACACCUUAGAGCGACCGUUAUAUCGCUGUUCAUUGCAGCAGUGGUAAACUUCCCUUCAUUUCAAAAACAUAUUAUCAAGUACAACCGUUAUUUUUCAUUGGACUUUACCUUGAUUCUCGUUACACGGGCGUUGGAUACCCUUAUACUGUCGCAGUUGCCCAAAUUAUUUGCUGCAAAUAGUGUUGGAGCCGGUACAUCUGUUAAGGGAGCAGUUGGUAUAUUAUCCAAACUAGGAUUCUUACUGAAUUACGGAGAUGGGAUGCUUUUCGUAGUUUCAUCAUUUUUUAUCAUGCAUUAUUGGUUCUUUUAUCCUGAUAAGUUACCACCAGCGUACCAUAGGUGGAUAACAUCAGCUGCUGAAGUAGACCCAGAAAUAGUGCACCUGUUUCAAAGCUUGAAAGAUGGUACCUUGAAGUAUGGAGAUCCAAAUUGUGUUAAUGCAAAACUGUUCGAGCCAUUGUGCAUCAAAUACGGUCAAGACCCCGAAUUGGCUAAUUUAGUAAAGCAUCAACCAUUUUCAUGUGACUUGUUGCAUGUUUUCAAGACCAAAUCUUGUGAAUUGCAUGCCUUGUGGAGAUUCCAAAGAGGGUUUAAAUUCGCUUUUAAGUUAUAUGGUAGUAUUAAUUUUAUUGUUUGGCUCAUUCGUAGAGGGAAUCCAAAAAGAUUAAUAAUUAAUACUAUAAGGUCUUCUACGUUUCUAGGGGCCUUUAUUGGUCUUUAUUGGUAUUCUCUAUGCUUGGUUAGAUCGAGAAUUUUUCCAGUUUUGUUCCCUAACGUUCCAAGAACUCGUUGGGACGACACCAUUGCACCAGCAGCUGGAGCUAUGGGAUGUGGGUUCAGUUGCUUUAUUGAAAAUGCUCAAAGAAGAAAGGAAUUAUCUCUAUUCGUUGCUCCAAGAGCUUUGGGAACUUUAGUUCCAAGUGAGCCCACCAAAUUUAACUUGAGAGUAGAGAGGAUCGCCUUUGCAUUGAGUUUCAUGAUUUUAUCAACUUUUGCUAAACAAGAUCCUAGUAAGGUGAGAGGAAUAAUGGGCAAAGGUCUUGGAAGCAUUUUCAAGGAUUAG